UAUAAAAUUUUAAUGCAGGGAGGAGGAAAUGGAGCACAUUAUGGUGCUAAAACACUUAAUGGAAAUUGGUACGAAGAUAGAUGGGAUUCAAAAGAAACAAUGCUAAAAAGUGCUCUUGAUAACACUUAUACAACUACAGCAAGAGAUGUAGGAAAGGAAUGUAAACCUGUAAAGGAGGACAACAAAGAGGAAUUCUUUGAUUGCACAGAUAAUUGGAUGAGCUUUCAACCAAAAUUUGACGGAACUUUCAAAACAACCCAAAGAGUCGAUUAUUGCACACCUUCAGAUCAAGACCCUAAAUUCAAAAUGAAAGACACUGUCUUAACCAAAGACCCUGAAGCAUUAGAAGAGUAUAGAAAGAAGUAUACAAACGCAGGCCACAACUUUAACAGAACCUAUCUCGGAGAUGAAAAGGGUACCAAAGAUUAUUAG